GGUGCCGCUAUUGGUGGGCGGCGGUGCGGCGGCCGCAGCGCUCCCCCGGCGAGGCGGCGGCGAUGGCGGCGCGGGGCAACUGCCCGGGCUGCGGCUCCGCCGCGCUGGUGGAGGACGCGCACUACGCGCAGCAGCAGCUGGUCUGCGCCGCCUGCGGCUGCGUCCUCGCCGAGGGGCUCCUCACCACCACCUACACCGAGGAGGAGCACCUGCGAGAGGUGGCAUAUUCCCAGAGCACUGGCCAGAAAGAGCAGCUGAGCCGCUGCCUGCAGCGAGGGAUCAGGCGGGUCCAGGAUCUCUGUAAAGUCCUCCAGCUCCCAACGGUGUUUGAGGAAACAGCAGUCUCAUACUUCCAGAGAGCUCUGCAGCACCCCUCCUUCCACCUGGUCAGUCUGGAGAAGAAGGAGCUCCUGGGGGGCUGCUGUGUCUUUGUGACUUGUCGACAACGCAACUGGCCCCUGACGAUGGGGACGAUCUGCUCCCUCCUUUACGCGAAGCAGGAGCUGUUUGCCAGUGUCUACCUGAGCCUUCAGAAAGAGCUCGGGCUCUCUGUGCCGGCCCUGAGCCUGGUGGAUCUAGUGAAGACACACCUCAACAGUUUUCGGCUGUUCCAGCACGCGGCUGACAUCCCUGCCCCGUUUGUGGAGGACAAGGAGAAGAUGGUCGCCCGAACGAUGCAGAUUGUGGAGCUGGCCAGCGAGACGUGGCUGGUCACUGGCCGUCACCCUGUUCCCAUCGUCACAGCCGCGGCAUUCCUGUCGUGGCAGUCGCUGCAGCCUGCUGCCCGCCUCACCUGCACUUUCGCGCGGUUCUGCAAGCUGGCGGGUGUUGAUCUGCCGCCGCCGGCGCACCUGAGGCUGAAGGAGCUUCUCGAGAUCCUCCUGAGAAUGGCCUCCCAGCUCGCUUGGCUGAGGGUGUUUAACAUGGACAAGAAAACAGUGGUCAAGCACAUCGGGGACCUGCUGCAACACCGAAUUUUCCUGCUGAAAAGUGCCUUCUGCCUGGAGGACGGGGAGGAGCAGCAUGCCGCAGCCCCCGGCGAGGGCUCCCCCGGCUCUCCUCCAGCGGCAGGAGGGGCAGUGCAGGAGGAGGGCUGUCCCUCGGAAGGGAAACGCCAGCGUGAGGGCGGCCCGAGGCCCUUGCUGCCACCCUGCCUUAUCAAUCCGAGGAAGAGACUGCGGACGGCAGCCCCGAGCGCUUCAGACUCUGCCAUCACCGGCGAUGAGCCCAUCUCCGACAGUGAAAUCGAGCAGUACCUGCGGGGCCCAGAGGAGAUCCGGGCCUUCAGGAAGGCCAAGGCCUGGCCAUGAAGAUGGUCGUCUGUGCCAGAGUCCAGAGGAUGGUGGUGGCAGAGACGCCGGGGCAGCGGGGACUGAGGGACCAAAAGUGUGAAACCCGACGGUGACAGCGCCAUCGCACGCUGCAGGGAAGUCGCCCAAGGGAGCGGGGUUACGAGGAGGGAGUGGGCUAUGUCCUCUUGCAUGUUCUCGACCAAAGUGGGGCAUUUUAUGGAGUGCUUUAGGUCAUGUUACAUUUCUCUUAGCAAUCAAUAAAAGCACAGGUGCCAGA